AAGCUUGACCACUGUUCUUCGUUCCCAGGGUUCCGUGAGAGCCGUUUGCCCCACCCCACCUCAACGCUAUCUAUCUCAAUAUACAAUCCUCAGAGAAAAAAAGGGGGCAAAAAUAAUUUAGAGUAACACCGCAAAGAAAACGAUUCUCAUUUCCCCGAGCGGUUCACCGGAGCAGACGCGGCCUCUCGGCGGUGAAACAUAACUGUCUCGCCGCUGGACCAGUGAUUGAAAACACCGCGGUAUGUUCAUGUAUCAUGCACAUGUAACCAUAAUCUACUACACGGAUUCAAAGGGAAUACAAAAAUCUGAGAGACUUGACAGCGGGCUGUACCUGCGCCAAACGAGAAUAUAGCGGAGGAUUUUCCCACGAAUAUCACCUGGAUGUCGAGGUAUAUUCAAGGACAUCUAACUGCCAAAAAAAAGAAGCUGUACGAUGUGAGGAGAAAUACAAAUUAACGUUACAGAAAGAAUAAGGACGGAGAAGGGGCCUUUUGGGUUUGGUCAAACCCUCCGAAAAAGCAAGCUCCAGCAUCUGUUGACGGGGAGAGGAAAUCAUUUUGACAUCGGCUAAAAACUGGAUAUUAUUGAUAAGGUUGCUAACAUCAACGACUACAACUCCCCCCUCCCCUCCUCCCAAAAGAAAAAGGUGUAUAAUGUGACGGACUUGCAAGACUGUUGUGAUAGAGAAAGAAGCCCCAUUGUAGCCUGAUGAUUCACAUGCCGUCAUUUUAAAAGGAAAUAUUUAUUUUUAAUUUUCCCCCCAUCCGCCCUCUGAUGAGCUUUGAUUAGGUGGACUGCAAAUAACAUCUAAAGAUAAUAACAUAAAAUAUAUAUCUAAGUGUGGGGGUGGGGGGGGGUGGGGGGGGAGGUCGAGAAACAUAGGAUUGUGAGUGGAAAUGAAUUGAAUGGCAGUGUGAGAUAACUGCCGAAGAUGGGCUCCAGAGGAGACAUUUGCUAAGAAAAUUAAACAAAAUAGCGUGAAUAUAUUUAUGUGUUUUAAAAGACAGCGUGUAAAAUUGAAAACACAUUUAAACAAACAGGACCACCGACGUUCAUUCAUGUACAUUGCAAGGCUGGAAAUUUCACAUCCACUCAUAUUAAUGUUGAUGACUUCAUUGCGGAUUUACAGUGAAAAACACAAGAAUCAAGCGUCUGAGAGGGCGGCAUCGUUGCUCCGCUUUUUUGUUGUUGUUGAGUGAUCUCAUGUUGAUGAAUUGCCAGUAAAUAGCCACAUCCAUCCAUAAAUAUUGUGCCAAAGUCUGGUGGAACCCACUGUCUACUAACGGGUUUACAUCUUGUUUCAUCUGGCAACAUAAAUGCCACCCAUUUUGAGACGGGUGUUCCUCUGUUGGGCCAGUUUAGGAAUUUAGGGUUGAUUGAUUUGCUUCUGAUCAACACCCUCACUCCUUCCUCACUCACCUACCUACCUACCUACCCACCCACCCUGCCUCCCCCUGAACCUAUUACUGGGGUUUUGGGAAGAUGGGCUGUCUUGGCAAUAGUAAGACUGAAGACCAACGAAAUGAGGAGAAGGCACAGAGGGAAGCCAACAAAAAGAUAGAGAAGCAGCUCCAAAAAGACAAACAGAUAUACCGGGCGACUCACCGGCUACUACUAUUAGGGGCUGGUGAAUCUGGGAAAAGCACGAUAGUUAAACAGAUGCGAAUAUUGCACGUUAAUGGCUUCAACGCAGAGGAGAAAAAACAGAAAAUACAUGAUAUUAAAAACAACAUUAAAGAAGCUAUAGAGACGAUUGUGGCUGCCAUGACUACGCUCACACCGCCAUGCCAGUUAGCCUGUCCUGCAAACAAAUGCCGAAUCGAUUAUGUCCUGAACCAAGUAAACCAGAAGGAUUUUGAGUUUCCUUCGGAGUUUUAUGACCAUGCAAAGAUCCUCUGGCAGGACAUGGGUGUGCAGUCCUGCUGGGAAAGGUCCAACGAAUAUCAACUCAUCGACUGCGCACAAUACUUCUUAGACCGGGUCGAUGUGGUCAGGCAGAAUGACUACACACCCACUGAUCAGGACCUGUUGAGAUGCAGAGUACUGACAUCUGGGAUCUUCGAGACACGAUUUCAAAUAGACAAAGUCAAUUUCCAUAUGUUCGAUGUUGGCGGUCAGAGGGAUGAACGUCGAAAAUGGAUCCAGUGUUUUAACGAUGUGACAGCUAUCAUCUUUGUGGUGGCGAGUAGCAGCUACAACAUGGUGAUCAGAGAAGACAAUCAGACCAACAGACUACAGGAAGCCCUCAACCUUUUCAAGAACAUAUGGAACAACAGGUGGCUACGGACCAUUUCGGUAAUCCUCUUCCUGAACAAACAGGACCUGCUCGCUGAGAAGGUUUUGGCAGGGAAAUCUAAAAUUGAGGAGUAUUUCCCAGAGUUUGCACGCUACACCACACCUGAUGAUGCAAUACCAGAGCCAGGUGAGGAUCCCCGCGUCACAAGGGCAAAGUACUUCAUUCGGGAUGAGUUUCUGAGGAUCAGCACAGCCAGCGGGGACGGACGGCAUUACUGUUACCCCCAUUUCACCUGCGCCGUCGACACAGAAAACAUCCGCCGCGUCUUCAAUGACUGUCGCGACAUCAUACAGAGGAUGCACCUACGGCAGUACGAGCUCUUGUGAUGGGCAGCGGCGUCCGGCCUACUUAUCUACCUAAGUAAAGGAUACACCAACAUUAGCCAGGACUGACUGCUGUACUUACAGACUGGAAUCCCUCAGUGCAAGCUAUCCCUUCUUUUAGCUCUUUCUCUCUCUCAGAUAUAUUAACACACACACACUCCCAGGUACACACACACACACAUACACUACAGCAUGAGACAUUCAGAGCCCUUAGGUUUUAAUGUCUCAUAUCGCACACACACUCAGACCCUUUUAAAACCAAGUCCUCCUGCUUUUACCAGUUGGCAGAGGCUAAAUAAAAUACUGCUUUCUGAGAGAAUUCUGAGACAGGAGGAGUUUAUUAUUAUUAUUCACAGCGUGUUGAAGACAACGAAGGAGGAGGCGGAGGAGAAGAAGAGAACAAUGGAUGUGGAGGGAGGCAAACUGAUAAAGAGGAGGACUGUGAGCCUUUUUGUUGCCCGAACAGACGGACUAAUUGACUAACGGGUGCCUGUGGACGUGAGCGUGACUCGAACAUAAGACCACACGGCUCACAUGACCUGCUCUUCAAGAAACCAAUGGAGGAGGGACGGCAGAAAACAACCAACAAAAAAGGA